AUGCUUAUUGCUUCUUCUAUGUUACUUCAAAGAACAAAAUUUAAAAUGCCUCCCAAGAUCGAUCCAUCUGAGAAAGUCGAAGUUUUCCUCCGUGUUGCUGGUGGUGAAACUGGUGCUAUGUCAACCCUUGCCCCAAAGAUGGGUCCACUUGGUGUCUCCCCAAAGAAGGUUGGUGAUGAUAUCGCCAAGGGAACCCAAGCCUGGAAGGGUUUGAAGGUCCAAGUCAAGUUGACCAUCCAAAACAGAGUUGCCACUGUUGAAGUCCUCCCAUCCGCUUCAGCUCUCAUCAUCAAGGCUUUGAAGGAGCCACCCAGAGACAGAAAGAAGGAGAAGAACAUCAAGCAUCACGGUAGUGUCCCAUUCGAGGAGAUCAUCAAGAUUGCCAAGACCAUGAGAUUCAAGUCCAUGGCCAUUGACUUCCAAUCCACCGUUCUCGAAAUUUUGGGUACCGCCAACUCCAUCGGUUGCAAGGUCAACGGAAAGUCCCCACGUGACAUCCAACAACAAAUCAAGGAUGGUACUUUGGCUUGCCCAGAGAACUAA